UUGAUCCAACCUACCGCCGAGGCUCCCCAGACGCAUGGUACAGCCUGCCUGCCUUACCACCACCACCUCCUCUCCGACCACCAUAUACGCCUGCCCACCAUGCCUGGAAUCCUCCCCAUGAAAGUCAUCAAGGUCGGCGGGAACACGCAAGCGCGCAUUGCCCAAGCCUGUGACCGGUGUCGCUCCAAGAAGAUCCGGUGCGAUGGCAUCCGCCCGAGUUGCACCCAGUGCACCAAUGUCGGCUUCGAAUGCAAAACCAGCGAUAAGCUUAGCCGUCGCGCCUUCCCUCGCGGCUACACCGAAUCGCUCGAGGAGCGCGUGCGCGUUUUAGAGGGCGAAGUGCGCGAGCUCAAGGACCUGUUGGAUGAGAAAGACGAGAAGAUCGAUAUGCUUUCGAGAAUACAUUCGCACUCGCCUGCCCGCACAUCAUCGCCAAGAAGAUCAUCAAAGUCUCCGUCGCCGUUGGAACCACCUCAGACGUCGCAGGAGAAGCAUCAUGUUUUCAAGGUACAGCAAGCUCCUGUACUGCUCGAUGAUGAGAACCGCGACGCAUACCUCGUAGGAAGUUCAAGUGGAAGGGCAUUCGUUGCCUUCAAACAGCAUGCCCAGGAAACGGGCAUGUCGUGCUCGGAUGUCAACUCAAACGUCUUUUUUGGCACAGGGACCGCGUCAAAUCCCCUCAACUCACCCAGGCGUGCCGUAUCGUUCAAGGCUCCGCCCCGCCUCGUCUCCGACCAGAUGAUCAACAUCUUCUUCCAGGAGUGGGCGCCCCUGUUCCCCGUCUUGCACCGUCCUACUUUCCUUUCGCUCUACGAGACAUACGUCGCCGCUCCGGAAUCGGUCGUGGAUAGAAAAUCCAUCGCCAAGUUGAAUCUUGUCUUUGGCAUUGCUGCGCUAUCUAGCGAUCCCCGCUAUGGCCAAGAUGUAGAGUCUUUUGAGACACAGUGGCAGUGCGCCCUCGAGAGUUUCUUGAUGGACAACGAUGUCGCAACGCUCCAGUGUCUCGUGCUUGCCCAGAUCUUCUGCCUAAUCAAGGCUGAUUACUCGCGUCUCUUAAAGUACAAGGGUCUUGCUAUAGGUCUAUCGCAACGUCUUGGAUUACAUCAGUCCCAGAAGCGCUUCGCUUUGGGUGCAUUGACCAGCGAAACACGCAAAAAGGUCUUUUGGUCACUGUUCACACUUGACUGCUUUUCGGCUGCCCAUCUGGGUCUUCCUAGGCUCCUUAAAGAUGAAGAUGUGCACUGCGAAUACCCAGUUGAUGCUGACGACGAGUACGUCACCGAGCAAGGCUUCUUGCCGACGCUUCCUGGGGAGUCUACCAAGCUGUCAAGCGCCCUGGCAUUGUUCCGACUCUCACGCAUCCUCUCCAAGGUCCUAGCGGAGCUUUACCCCGCAUCACCCACACACGACAUCUCAUUUGGCACCAUCGCAUCUCUGGCUGGUGAUCUCGAAGAAUGGUCGAAUGCGCUAGCUCCUCACCUCAAAUUGACGUUCCAGCAAGACAAGCCCAGCACCAAUGUCACCAGUAGCAGGUCUCCAGUUUUGUCCUUGGCAUAUCAUCACAUUCAGUCAUUAAUCUACCGACCGGCAGUUGUCUCCAACCUUGGCGACAAGGGCUCUUCGGCCAUGGUUGCCGUUGGUGAUGCUUGCAAACACAUUAUACAGAUUGUCCAAUUACUGGACGAACGCGGGCUGAGCUUUUCUUUCUGUCUGAACAGGAACGAGGUGCUCGUGCAGGCUGGAUUUGGAGUUUUGUACCAGACGCUUGGCCUCGACCGCGAUGGAAAACUCAUCAAAGAUUGCAAUAGGCUCAUCUGCGCUGUCAUGGACAUGCUUGAUCAAGGGUCUGCAGCCGGGGCUCAAGAAUAUCGCAGGGUCGGCUGUUCCAUGAUGGUUGUUCCCCACGUGGAGCAGACGCCCACUCCGGCUUUGGCCCGCCACCAUUCGGAAGUUUCCAUGGGUGCCCCGAUGGACAGGAUUCGCGCCACCCAGAAAACCCUCAAGGCCAUUGCAGCACGUUUUUCCCCUGCUGUAGCAAAGGCCAGCCUACGGGAAUCGAAAGGACCACGUCGCGCGACUUUGCCAACUCUGUCGCCUUUCAUGGCUAAUAAUGCCAACCAGUCUUCGACCAGCUUGUCAUCCCUUCGAUCGGAGCCUUCGAUCGCUCCUCCUUCAGAACCAACAACGAGCCCCUUGGCUCACCGUGCAUCCAUGUCAAUGCUCAAUACAAAGCGACGAGCCAGUAAUAAUGUCAUGCGACAUAGCCCUAACAUAGAUUACCUCUCGUUUGGUCCCGACCCACUGGCCAGUCACCAGAUGUUUCCCAACGCCCCAGGAAAACCAGAAGUAUCUCCCUCGGAUUGGGAACGUUUGCUGUCUUCCCUCGAUAAUGGCCAGACAAACAUGUACGACACCAUCUAUGGUGGCCUGACAGCCGACGCUCUUCUGGAAUGCCCGCCUCUUUCCGCCGGCACCGAAACUGAUCUCAGCUGGUCUCCUAACGCGUGGAACUGGGGAGGCCCCCAUGACCAAGCAACUGCACCUCCACCACAGAGCGUCCUCAGCUUUAGCGACGAGAGCCUGACGAGUGGAGAAGAGUUUGCCAACCCCGCGGCGGGCGAGUUUGGGCCGAUACGCGAAAACGAAAUCAAGUAUCCUGGCCUCAUGAUUCCGGACUUGAGCGGAACUCACCACAUCGGUCUCGGUGGGCUUGACGGCAACUUCGGCUUAUAAAGGAGAAACAAGCCCAUCAUCCCACUUUGAUUUGCUUUUUUGUUAAUUUACGGGAAGAAUUGUAUACACAUGAUGAUGAUACGACGGGUCAGGUGUUUCCAAGGUAUUUUUUUGCAAAAACAACGGUGUCUUGACGGAUUUUGGGGAGGGGGCUCGGUUCGCUUUCGCUUGCUCUUGGAUCUGUUCCUUUUCUUUCUUUCUUGGGGGGGAAUGCAAAAGUUGCAAGGAGGAUAGUGUUUUUCCAUCUCUUCUUCGAGUGUAAACCUAUCUCUCCGUUGGCUUUUCUUUCCCUCGUUUGUUCUUGAGAUACCAAAUUCCUCGUUUUCUUGGAGUUUUCUUUUAUUUUUGUUUUUAACUUGUGAUCUACUGGUGUUCAUAGGUGCUUUUUGUCUUCCCUGGUCUUUUUCUAUCUACGAAUGGUCUUUCACUUUCUGGCGUUUCUUCCUCCAACUCUAAACCCCUCUAAAGGAUGGUUGAGCACAAGGGGGGGGGGGGGGGGGGGGGGGGGGGGGGAUGAGGGCCGCACAUAGUAUAUAGUACAGUAUAGUAUGUAAUUCCCCAACAAAAAUCACACAUGAGGGUGCUUACUCUACCUAUCUACCUAUCUAAUACCAUCAUCGCUCUUCAUUCCACGUCCGUUCAACAAAAUCAAUUAAAAAAAAGGAAUGGAAGUGACUUGAAGCCAAAUCCAGUCUUCCAACACAACCCCCCAUGAUUAAAUUCAAUUCGAUCACACACCCCUUCUAUUUGCCGAGCUCAGACACGCUGUUUGCUCUGCGGGGAGAACAGAGUAACCACCCUUUCCCCUAUACCGCGUAAACCUUGACGUAAGUUCAGUGUGAUUUGGAAAAGAAAGAAAGCUGCCCAAAGAGGAUAGAUAGAUAGGCACUAGAUUGAAAUCAAGAAAGAAAGAAAAGUCAGGUUUGAGGUUCAAGGG